ACUAAAGCGCGACAAGCAUCCUGCACGUUCCACAUGCGCUUCAGGUGCGCGGACAUGGAUCUGCGCGCACAGCUCCGAUAAAACCCACCCGACUCAGCUGUUGUCCAGUGAAUGUGGCAGUCUUUAUCUGGAUCUCAACAAUCGAGCUCGUGACAUUAGAGAUCACUUUGAAAAACUUAUUUCAUUGAUUUGAAUGCACCGAGCUCAGGAUACAAUCAUGCCGUUUCUUCAGGACACUUUGGACAGUCAGUUGGAAAAGCUGGCUUUGGAGCAGGUGGUGCCUGCUUUAUUGGACACGGGCUUCUUUUACGUGGACCACUUUUUGGGGGACAUAGCGGGACACAUGGUGUUGGGGCAAGUCAAGCGCAUGCAUUGUUGUGGACUCCUCGUUGACGGGCAACUGGCCGGACGAAGCGAUGGAGGAGUUUGCAGGAGGAACAUCAGAGGAGAUAAAAUAACCUGGGUGAAUGGGAACGAGAGGGGCACGGAGGCUGUCAAUUUCUUAUUGACACUCAUAGAUAAAUUGAUAUCUUUAUGCGUCGGGCGAUUGGGCAAAAGUAUUCGUGCGAGAUCAAAGGCGAUGGUGGCUUGUUAUCCAGGAAAUGGAGCGGGAUAUGUAAAACAUGUAGACAAUCCUAAUGCAGACGGACGCUGUGUUACCUGUAUUUACUAUCUUAACAAAAACUGGAACGCUAAGGAGCACGGUGGAAUACUACGAAUAUUUCCCGAAGGGAAACCUUACGUGGCUGACGUCGAACCCUUGUUUGAUCGACUUUUGCUUUUUUGGUCAGAUCGAAGGAAUCCUCACGAGGUGCAGCCAUCAUAUGCUACGAGGUAUGCGAUCACAGUAUGGUACUUUGAUUCAGAAGAAAGAGCUGAAGCUAAAAGAAAAUUUAGAGACCUGACAGCGUCUUCACAGGAACGAUCAUCAUCUUAAUGUAGAAACACACUAGACUGUUUCCUCCAAGAGGAUUUGUUUGUUUUUCUCUUAUGUUUGUUUGCUUCUUUUAGCAAUGCUCUUUGCACUGAAGGUACCCAGUCUACCCACCACCCACUGUAUGAUUUAUGUGCUUUGAAUCCAGUCCCUAAUAUCAGAGAAGAGUCCUUUUAGCUGCUAAUGACAAUUUUGUGAACAAUGUACAAUUUUUAUACUUAUAUAUGAACUAUUAGAUGUAUAUUAUAAUUAUCUGUUCUUUAAAAAAACAGUGAUGAUGUACGGCAAAAAAUGUUUUUAUGAAAUUAAAGUGAAUAUUUGACUUUUAUAAAAACGUGCUAGGCAUUGUUUGUUAGAAAUAUGCAUCAGGCAUUAUAAUUAUUUUCAUUUCUUUGCUUGUCCAUUUUUGUUUGCUGUUUUUGUAUUUUUGUGUUUGUGUGGUUUUGGUCAUUGGCACAUAAAUGUUUUUACUCUUUACACAGUGAAUGAAAGGGUUAACUGCUAUAGAAAGAGUUUAUGUAUGCAUUAUUGUUUUUGAUUGACAGUUUGAUAUGGAAUAAGUCUUUUUUGUAACGCAUUACAUUUAAGAAAACCUUUACUUUUGGAAGCACUUGAAAUGAAAUUGCUUUAGUCCUACUUGUUCAGUCCUCGUGUGGCUUAGAGAAUUUGAUCAGCUUGCAUGCGGGUCAGCAAUGCUGAGCAACCACACGCUUGAAUGAAUGUUAGUGAGAAAUCUUAUUUGUUUCAUAUGAUUUACAUUGGUAUUAAAUGUAACAAAAGUCAUUUUGGAAAUCUUUAAAUGUGUUGUACUUUCAACAAUUUGAAAUGGCCAAAUUAAACACUGAAAGUGUUGAAAUGUCAAUAUUUGUCUGGUUUAUACUUUGUUGUUUCAGUUUAGUAAUAAAGUAUUUCCUUUGGCCAUAA